AAAGGAGCAGCUGUAAUCUGAAGCCUGCUGGGCGCUGGGUUGGGAGACAGCAGAACCAACUUUUGUGCUAGCAAGAAACCCCUCAGAGUGUGCAGACCUAGGCGGGCGGGCGCAGCUGCAGUGCAUCCACAGUAAUCAAGGUUUGGAAAAGUCAGCUGAUUCCCACUGGCAGUCCAGCAGUAAGGCCUGGGAUGCAAGCCCUCGUGAUCCUCCUCUGUGCAGGAACCCUCCUCAGGCAUGGCAGCUGCCAGAGCGGCCCAGAGGAGGGCUCCCUGGCUCCCGACACCACAGGGGUGCCUGUGGAAGAGGAGGACCCCUUCUACAAAGUUCCUGUGAACAAGCUGGCGGCAGCUGUCUCCAACUUUGGCUAUGACAUGUACCGAGUGAGAUCCAGUGAGAGCCCAACGGCCAAUGUGCUCCUUUCACCUCUCAGUAUGGCCACUGCUCUCUCUGCCCUUUCCCUGGGAGCGGAACAGCGCACUGAAUCCAACAUUCACCGGGCUCUCUACUACGACCUCAUCAGCAACCCAGACAUCCAUGACACCUACAAAGGAUUGCUUGCCUCUGUCACUGGCCCCCAGAAGAACUUUAAGAGCGCUUCCCGGAUUGUCUUUGAGAGGAAGCUAAGAAUAAAAUCCAGCUUUGUGGCACCACUGGAGAAGUCAUAUGGAACCAGGCCCAGAAUCUUGACUGGCAACCCUCGCAUAGACCUUCAGGAGAUCAACAACUGGGUGCAGGCCCAGAUGAAAGGGAAAAUUUCUCGGUCCACUAGGGAAAUGCCCAGUGGAAUCAGCAUUCUUCUCCUUGGUGUGGCUUACUUCAAGGGGCAGUGGGUAACCAAGUUUGACUCCAGAAAGACUUCCCUUGAGGAUUUCCACUUGGAUGAGGAGAGGACUGUGAGAGUCCCCAUGAUGUCAGACCCAAAGGCUGUCUUACGCUACGGCUUAGAUUCUGAUCUCAGCUGCAAGAUUGCUCAGCUGCCCUUGACCGGAAGCACGAGUAUCAUUUUCUUCCUGCCUCUGAAAGUGACACAGAACUUGACCAUAAUAGAAGAAAGCCUCACCUCUGAGUUCAUUCAUGACAUAGAUAGAGAACUGAAAACUGUUCAGGCGGUCCUGACCAUACCCAAGCUGAAGCUGAGUUAUGACGGAGAAGUCACCAAGUCCCUGCAGGAGAUGAAGCUACAAUCCUUGUUUGAUUCGCCAGACUUUAGCAAGAUCACAGGCAAACCUAUUAAACUGACACAAAUGGAACACCGUGCUGGCUUCGAGUGGAAUGAAGAGGGAGCAGGCACGGCCCCCAGCCCGGGGCUCCAGCCUGCCCGCCUCACUUUCCCACUGGACUAUCACCUUAACCAACCUUUCAUUUUUGUGCUGAGGGACACAGACACAGGAGCCCUUCUCUUCAUAGGCAAAAUCCUGGAUCCCAGGGGUACUUAAUGUUCCAGUUUAACGUUUAAGUACUCAAGAAGAAACCCCAAGGGGAUGGCAGAUUCUAUAUUCCAUAAAGGCUGCCCUAUAAUAUUUCAAUGUAGACUCUGCAAUAAAGGUGCUUUAUCCUUA